AUGUUUCAAGUGCCUGUGGAAAAUCAGGACAAAGUCAGAAGUAUGCAGCCAUGGGUAAAGAGGAUGCUUCUGAAGACUGGACUUGACAAAAGCAAAGAAUUGCUGAAGGUCCUUAAAGGCUUUGACCCAAGUGACUCAUACUUUUAUAAUACAUCUUGGCCAGAUGUUGCUCCAGGGGAAUUUUUCAGAAAGCAAAGGAGAUACAGAAGCAAGCCAUACUGCUGUAGCCUGUGCGAAUACUCAGCAGAUGUGCUUACUUCUCUGAAAAAUCAUUUGCAUCAUUGCCAUGAAGAUGAGGCUGACCAAGAGUUGCAUAUCCAGUGUCCAGAUUGCUCAUUUGUUUCAUGGCCUGAUGUGGUGAGCAAACAAUUCCAGUUGUUCCAGGCUGCUGUGAAAGUUCACAGCUCCAAGGAGAAGGUUCUGGGCAAUGGGAAGCCACUGAAGGGUUGUAUAAGACAUUUCACAUGUUUAAAAUGUAACUUUUCCAACACUUCCUUCUGAAGCAUGAAGAAGCAUGUGCUGAUCACCCAUUUUCACUCUUUACUUAAUGCCUAUGUUGGCUUUCACACUAAGGAAGACCAGAAACAGUUAACAGCCAGUGAUAUUCUUUCUGUGGCAAGCACUCUACCACCUGAAAGAUACUUUUGUAAAAAGUGUAGUACCAGGAUGGGCAGCCAGGAUGAUCUGAUGGCCCAUAUUUUGACAUCAGAUAUACACAAGGAUUUGGAGAAUAAGUUGAAGUCUGUAAUUUCAGAAGACAAAAAGAGGCUGGGGCUUCGGAAGCAAAUGCCCACUGUUGCAAAGGCAGGCUUGUCCAGACCGCCAAACAGCAGGGCUGCACACACAGCUGCUCCAGCCAAGCCCCCUCAGUCUCACUUUGUCUUGACAGAGAAGACCCCAAGUCCAGCCAUGUCUUCCUGGAGCCUCACCAAUUCUCAUUUUGAUACUGCCCAGUCCCACAUGGCUUUUAGCCCUCUACCUGUGGGCCAGACCAACCUCACACUGAGGCCUUCAUCUCCCUCAACUGACCUUUACUCAGGCAAGGCUUCACCUAAUAAGCCUGUAGACCUUCCUGCACUAUAUGUAAGCCAGCCACUUGGGCCUGUGAAUAAAUCUGUUGGAGUGAGCAAUCAAUCAGUGAGUCAAGACAUCCAGCCUGGGAUUUUACCACUCACACAGCCCAUGGGGUAUACAAGUCGACCAGCGGGACCUGCAGUCAGAUCAGUGGGGCUUACAAGUAGGCCAGUGGAGCCCACAAGUGGAUUGGUCAGGCCAGGUUCUCUGACUUCUGGCUAUUCAAACAACCCUGGGAUUCUACAGAGCAUGCCAUCAGGAACGAUUUCCAUGGGUGAGCUGGUCUUAUUGGCAGGCCUUCCUGGCGGUCAGAUGACCUCUGCUUCUAUGAUUUCUGCACAAAGUACAGCUUCUGGGGUUGUUCCCACUGGUCAAGCAGUCCAGUCCACAGUUCCCCAUAUAGGUCAAGUGGUAUCUUCUGGGUUGCUACCCUCUCAAACUGUGGUGGUCACAGAUGUCAUUGUGAACCAGGUUGAGAGCACUGGUAUUCCUCUGCUUAGUCAGUCUGUUAACUCACGUCAAUCUGUUGGGCCUGGUAUGCUUCAGCUCAGUAAGAAUGUUGGCACUAGCAUCCUGCCGGAGAGCCAGUUAGUAAGAGCUGACACUUCACAGAACACCCUGUUCCUCAAGUCAGGCUCUGUUUUCAGUAAUCUGCUUCCAACAGGCUCACAGGUCAAUGGGAACCCCCUUUACAUGCUAGACCCCAUGCCCGUCACUCUGCCAAUUCCUCAGGGACAGGGGGUAGCAGGGAUGGAGAGACCACCACAAGUAUCCACCCAAUUCCUAACACCCAGUGUGGAUAUGCAGAUUUCCAGUGCUCCAUCCAGCUUGUCUUCCUCCCAGGAGCUUGUAAGUAAUGCAGACCAGAAUAUAUUUGUUCAGGUCUCCUCACCUGAGGUGGAUAUGAAUCUGGUUGCCACACAGGCCAAGCAGUGGAAAAUCUGCCCAGUUUGCAAUGUGUUCUUACCAGCCAAUGUCUAUGAAGCACACAUGGAAGUGGCACAUAACCUCUCACAGUGGAAAAUCUGCCCAGUUUGCAAUGUGUUCUUCCCAUGCAAUGUCUACCAGGCUCACAUGGAAGGGGCUCACAAACAAAGUGAGUUCAACUCCAGUGAGAAAUGUGAACUGGUAAAGCUGGCAGUGUGUGCACCAUUUCUGAAUUGGACAAGAGAGAGGGCCAUGUGUUGCCUCCCCUGCAAAUGCCUACUCUCAGAGGAGGAGCUAAUGUACCACUUACUCACUCAUGGCAUUGGGUGCCUGUUUUGCCCAUGUACUUUCCACAGCAUUCAGAAUCUCUUGGAGCACAGCAAAAUUAAGCACCUGGGGAAGAAGAAGCUGUUGUUGGAUUAUCUUAACAGGGGAUUCCAGUUGAGCCUAGAUGCUGAUGGCAACCUGUUGUUCCCCCAUCUUGAUUUCAUCAUCACUCUGCCAAGAGAGGAGAUUGGAAAACAGGAGGUUCACCUGGCUAUCCUCUCAGGCAUAUACUCCACAUUGCUGGUGCCCUUGUAUGUUAAGAUGAGGUCUCAGGUUAAGGUUGUAACUCAGCUCAGAAAACAAAAGCUGACCUGUCCCCUCUGUUUAAAAACAUUUAUGGUAGCCAAUGCCUACAAGUUACACUUGAAGGACUGACACCAUAUUAUGCCCACAGCAUAUAUAGUACUCAAUUCUCAGACCUGUAGGUGUGUCCACUGUGGUGAAAUCUACCCUGGAAGCUUGACUGUGGAGGCAAUCACUCUUCAUUUGCUGCAUUGUGCACAUGUGCCCAAAGACAGCUCAGACUUGCACGUUCAUUCCAGUUUUGUUGAGAACAGUGAACUGCAGUUUGCCAGUGAGGAAAAUGUUACUGAUUCUACCUGUCCCUUAAGAAGACCAUUGCUAAAUGGCCAUUUGAGUCCAGAAGACCUGAGGAGGGAUGGGAAUAGGCCCUUGCUUAUACUACAUAAUGAAUCAUCAGAUCCGGAAGAAGGGAAUAGUGCUGUGCCUUUGAAGAGACAAAGGAAUGAAAGCACAACUAAGGAACUGGAGGCCUGUAAUUAUUUACUCCAGAUCCUAGCUUUAGAUCCUACCAAAUGCAAAGACUACUCCUCUGGAAAAAAGCAGUUUCUUAGAGAUUAUUUCCAAAAGAAACCAUAUCCUAGUAGAAAAGCAGUUGAAUUGUUGUCAAUAUUCUUGAGAUGGAAAAAAAAAUAUAUUGUGGCUUUGUUUUUUGGAACAAGAACAUUUAUUUGCUUGAAGGCAAUAGAAGACCACAGAGCCUCAAUGCUUCUAGGUUUUGAUAUGUCUGAACUUAAAAAUAUUAAACAAGGACUGAACUUUGAAUAUGAACAACAAAAGUCCUAG